UUUUGACAGCACAAAGGAGUCGGCCAUUUUAUUGCUGGCUUGAUGAAGCUGUGGCAUAUCGCCCAGUUUAGUUUUGUUGAAUAAAUUGAGCUAUUUUUUUUCUAAAUAUCUGUUUUAAACAUCGUACAAAUCUGUAUACGUACUUAGUGUAAGUUUUAAAAAGUGUUUAUGUAUUGAGGUGUCGAGAAAAUGGAUGAUCCGAACAGGAUGAUGGCGCAUAGCGGUGGGUUGAUGGGACCGCAGGGCUAUGGAUUGCCAGGAGGCGAGGGUGCUCCGGCAGCGGGCGAGGGUGAAGCUCGCAAGCAGGACAUUGGAGAGAUAUUGCAGCAAAUCAUGAACAUUACAGACCAGAGUCUUGAUGAAGCGCAAGCGAGAAAACACACAUUGAAUUGUCACAGGAUGAAACCUGCCCUAUUUUCAGUAUUGUGUGAGAUCAAAGAAAAAACUGUCCUGUCGCUCCGCAACACGCAAGAGGAGGAGCCCCCAGACCCGCAGCUGAUGCGGCUGGACAACAUGCUGAUCGCGGAGGGAGUCGCGGGCCCCGAGAAGGGCGGAGGCGCGGGAGCUGCCGCCUCCGCCUCCGCUGCCGCUGGCGAGUGGGGCACUGUGGCCCAAGCAGAUAACGCGAUCGAGCACUCGGACUACCGCGCGAAGCUCGCGCAGAUCCGCCAGAUCUACCAUCAGGAGCUGGACAAGUACGAGAACGCGUGCAACGAGUUCACCACGCACGUCAUGAACCUGCUACGCGAGCAGAGCCGCACGCGCCCCAUCACGCCCAAGGAAAUAGAACGCAUGGUGCAGAUCAUCCACAAGAAGUUCAGCUCCAUCCAGAUGCAGCUGAAGCAGUCCACGUGCGAGGCCGUCAUGAUCCUGCGCUCGCGUUUCCUGGACGCGCGCAGAAAGCGGCGCAACUUCAGCAAGCAGGCCUCCGAGAUCCUCAACGAGUACUUCUACUCGCACCUGUCCAACCCCUACCCCAGCGAGGAGGCCAAGGAGGAGCUGGCACGCAAGUGCGGCAUCACGGUGUCCCAGGUGUCCAAUUGGUUCGGCAACAAGCGCAUUCGCUACAAGAAGAACAUCGGCAAGGCUCAAGAGGAGGCGAACCUGUACGCCGCGAAGAAAGCCGCCGACUUGCCUUGGGUUGGCGCGGGCAGGCGAGACGCUAGCUCACCCCCACCCAGAGCCACUUCAUAUUACACAGCAGGUGCGUCGCCGUACUCGAUGGGCGCGGCUUCGGGCACGGCCACGCCGAUGAUGUCGCCGGCGCCCACGCAGGACUCCAUGGGCUACUCGCUGCCGGCGCCCGGCUACGACCAGCCGCAGCCCGGCUACGACGGCUCCAUGGGCUACGACCACAUGCACCAAGACCUCUCGCCGUAGGCGCCUGGCCCCCGCAUCUGAGGUUACGGGCACGACGAAACGAUUGUGCAGCUUCCACUGAAUUGCCAUUUACAUUAACGUACUAUAUUCGGCCCUCGCGGCCUCCUAUUGCC